GCAGCAAUCCGGCCGUCCCGCUCAAUCACUAUCCUUUCUUCGUGUUUUUGACCCCGCCAGCUUGGGUCUGUUGGCCGUAAUUCGGAAAGAGACAUAACAGCAAGCCCUGGCCGGCUACGAUGUUUCCUCUUCUACCGAACCCUCGCAGGCGGUCCAAUUCGUCCAUGAUCAAACUUGCCAGCGCCUCUGCAUCUAUCGGGGGCAUACGGUUUCUUCCCUAUCCUUCACUGUCCCGCGAGGCGCCGCCAACGCAGCAACGGCACCUAAAUCGGUCCAAAAGCAAGCUUGCGUCAAACAUGCGUCUCCCGCCUGUGUCUCACCUGAAGCUCUGCCCAAGGCACGAUACAGGCAGCGCAAGUAAAGAUACCCGAAAUGAGGAUGCUGCAGCUCUCCACAGCAAUGCUGCUUCUCCAUGCAUUAACAUCUCCUCAACCGAGCUACGUGUCGGUGACGGGAGGUCAUUUCCUUGGCCAAAUUUACCACAUCAUCUCUUUGAUGGCGACUGGCUGCUUUCUCCCGUCCUGAUUCAGGUCCACGUGGACCAUGUCCAUAUUCUUUGCUACCUGUCAUCGGCCGCUCGGUUGGCGGCAUGGAAAUCAAGACCGCGUCAAUGAUCGUCCUUGCAUGGAUCGAAGCACGCAAGCAAACAGUACAACGGGCAGCCAUGGGGCUUGUACAUGCAGCCCCGAUCGAGGAGGUUUGGUUCAGGUCGAU